AUGAACAAAAAGGAUAUUUUUGAAGAUAAAGAAGACCCAAACGAAAUCGCAAGAAAAAUUCAUAAGCUUGUAUGGGACAACUUUUUUAAAGAAUAUUUUAGCAAGACCAGAAAGUCACUAUAUUUAGGCCUUGUAGGGCCUUUUAUUGUGUGGGCUGGAUUUGGGAUAUACAACCCAACACACCCUGUGAAGCCGAUUUUUAUGAUAAGUGUUGGGAUUGGAGGAAUUUUGCAUGCCUGUGUACAGUUUUCCAGAGAUACUUUUGCAGUUGCAGACACUGAUACAGAAGUUGGGGCGAAAAUGAGGCUUUAUCAUCAAAAAUUGGCGAUGCAUAGUUUCUAUUUUCCUUAUUUUAAGCAUGAGACUCUAAGAGCUGUAGAGCACAGAGAAAAAUUAAAGAAAUCGCAAUCCUCAAAAUAA